AUGAUUUUUCGCCAACUCACAAAAACACUUAGUUUGCGCAUUAUAAAAUCACAUGUUACUACUUUACAAGUCCCGUUUUGUCGUGCCUUCGGCAGCACUCCACACUGUUUAGCAGCUGUUGAAUCAGUAGAAGCUAAGCGAACUCCUAAAAAAGAAAGUUCACCAAAGAAGGCUAGCUCUGCUGCUGUUAAAACCAAGACUGCAAGAUCAAUCUCGAAAACAAAAAAAGAACCAAUUCCAAAGCCGGAUGAAGGCCCUAAAAAGCCUGGUAGCAGCUACAACUUUUUUUAUUCAGAAAAAAUGCAAAAGAUCAGAGCCGAAAAUCCUAGUAUGCGAGUUUCUGAGAUCAUGAAAAAAGUUGGGGAUUUGUGGUCAAAUUCAUCGGAAGAAGAAAAGAAGCCCUAUCAAGAAAAAUUUACACAAGCAAAGCAGAAAUACGAUGAGGCUUACAAAAAAUGGUUCGAGUCAAUGACCAGCCUCGACAUUAUUCGUCAGAAUGCACUUCGAAAAGCUCACAAGAAGAAGCCUAUGAAAGACCCAAGUUAUCCGAAAAGGGCAGUGAGUUCCUACAUGAUAUUUAAUAAGUGGCUACAAACACAGCCUUCUGCUGCCAACAUUGAAAGUAUUACAGAGAGAGCAAAAUAUGUCGCCGAAGAAUGGAAGAAGCUAUCCCCGGAAGAAAAAAAGAAAUGGGAAGACCUUUACAUGAAAGAUAAAGCACGCUUUAACGCCGAAGUAAACGAAUACCAGAAAAAACUUGCAAAUCUCCAUGUUUAA